AUGCCUUCACAACAGUCAACGUUUCGAUGGGCCACUCUGCUGGCCCUCAUCUGCGCCAGCCUUGUAAAUGCGCAUUCAGUCAUCACAUACCCUGGAUAUCGAGGAAACAACCUUCACACCAACGGCACGAUCGCCGGCACAAACGGCCUGGGCGCCGCAUACGAAAAUGGCUCAAUGGCGUACCCAUACGGCAUGCAAUGGAUCUGCCCUUGCGGUGGUAUGUCGACAUCAAGAAACCGCACCAAGUGGCCCGUCCGUGGUGGCGCCCUUGCCUUCCAGCCGGGCUGGUUCCCAGGCCAUUUGACCGCGUUGAUCUAUGUCAACUUCGGCCUCGGCGAAAUCCCUGAGAACAUGAGCCAUCCCGCCCUUCCACCCUUCCAGAUCACCGGACCUACCGAACAACCCGUUCCAUUGCCGGCUGGCAUCAACGUGUCGGUGGGCGACAAGGCUACCAUCCAGCUGGUUGAGGUUGCGAAGCACGGUGCUGGACUGUAUGAUUGCGUUGAUAUCGAGUUCGCCGACGUCCAUGAUCCAGACAUCGUCCCUGUCACCCGCGACAAUUGCUUCAACUCAACCUGGAUGUCAUUUCAGUAUAUGUACACAACUGCUGGGAUAAACAGUGCCGGCACCAUCAGUCCCCCACAUUACACAGUCUUCGGCUUAGUACCGCUGGUGAUAGCGGCUGUGUUUGGCAGUUUCCUGUAG